AACACGACGGUUAGUGACGCCGGAGCCAGAGACGGAGCUGCGUGUUCCGCUGUUCUUGCGGGGUCGUUUCCCUACAUAAAAACACAACGAAUUUCACAAUAUAAACCAAACCGACGCUGCUUCAGUAACGAUGGCGGAAGGAGACAACAAAAGCGCAAAUAUGCUCGCUCAGGAAACGGCCCAGCUGGAGGAGCAGCUGCAGGGCUGGGGUGAAGUGAUCCUGGCUGGGGACCGCGUCGUGCGCUGGGAGAAGGCUUGGUUCCCUGGAGCCCUGAUGGGUGCCACCACCUUGCUCUUCCUGAUGAUCUACUACUUGGACCCAUCAGUGCUGACUGGGCUCUCGUGCUCCGUCAUGCUGCUCUGCCUGGCCGACUACCUGGUGCCCACCCUCGCCCCCAGAGUCUUCGGCUCCAAUAAGUGGACCACCGAGCAGCAGCAGCGUUUCCACGAGAUCUGCGGUAACCUGGUGAAGACCCAGCGUCGCGUCGUGGGCUGGUGGAAGCGUCUGUGCGCCCUCAAGGAGGAGAAGCCCAAAAUGUACUUCGCCUCAGUGAUUAGCAGCUUGCUGGCGGUGGCUUGGAUCGGACAGCAGGUGCACAACCUGCUCCUGACCUACCUGCUUGUGAGUUUCCUGCUGCUGCUGCCCGGCCUGAACCAGCACGGCGUCAUCUCCAAGUACGCAUCCAUGGCCAAGAGGGAGAUCAACAAACUGCUCAAACAGAAGGAGAAGAAGAACGAGUAGACGGAUGAACCACAACGCAAAGAGGAAGGUGGAAGGAAGUUGCUUUGAAGGAAAGAGAGAGGAGAGCAAAAAGUUAAAAAGCCUCCUGCUUCGUCGGUCUCUGCCGCAGAGGAAGACGCACCAUUUUUAUUUUCACACAUUGGAUGAGUUUAAUUUCUCCCUCCCAACCGUUUUUUGACAUUUCGACCUCAUCACCACCCCACUUUUGAAUUGAUCUGCCGUGCAUGCAUGCAGCUACCACAUGAAGUUUAUCGGAUAGUGUCACACGUUCGUACACCACACUGAAAUGCCCGACAGCCACGUACACAAAGUUCCUUCUGUUUCUUAGUUUCACUGUGCUUAAUUUUUAAGAUGUCAGUAAUGCUUUUAAGCCAUUCCCUCUACUUAGACAAAGUGACUACUGAGACGUUUUUGUAGCAUUACUGCAUCAUUUUAACCGCCUCCAUAGAUUCCCGACAGUAAUGGGUUUUGUUUUAUUUCGGGACAAUUUUUGUCAAAUAAGAACAGCUCAUGUAAAUUUUUAUUUUUUAUUUUUUUUUUUGGGGCUUAUUCUGCUUUGGUUGUAAUUUAAAAAUAGCGCUGAGAACAAAACUGGAUUUAAAGCAGCUUUCAUCAGGAGUGAAACUGUCCAGAAACAAGCCUACUGCUGUACCGCUGCUAGCUGGACUCUGGUCUAUUAGCUCUUGUAUAAAACCCCACAGUGUUACCGGAGUGGGGUGUCUCUGUGUAAAUAGACCCGUCCCCUCCCUCUCUGUCCCUGUCCGUCACCGUUUUCUCUGUUAUUUAUCUGUGUCGUUUCCUCCUCAUUCUCAUUGUGUCCGGUCCGAUCACUGUCUUUCAACUCAUUUCAUUACGUGUCUUUAUUGGAGAUCUUUACAAAAAUGAAUAAACUUUGAUUUAAAUGAA